AUGGCCAGCCGACAGUCCAGAAACAAGAAUCUGAAGUCGCGGAUCGCGGAUCGCGAAUCGCCCCCUCCAACUGCUGACAGACAAAAGUUGGGCGGCUGGUUCGUCCCUGGGUCCUCGUGGGUCCCCGUAGUGCCUCGUGGUUGCCGCUACUCUGCCCCAUGACCUCGACGCCUUCGCCCUUGGGUCGUCCGUUGACGGCCUCGGGUUCGCUACCCGGUUCGCCCUUGGGCGCCGAGAAGACGCGCCGCUACGACCGGCAACUCCGCCUCUGGGGAGACCAUGGGCAAACGGCGCUAGAGGCGGCCAAAUUAUGUCUGAUUCACGCCGGCGCCACGGGCAGUGAGGUCCUCAAGAGCCUGGUCUUACCGGGGGUGGGGGCCUUCACUAUCGUGGACGGCCAGCGGGUGGCGGCCUCGGAUGUGGGCAACAACUUCUUCUUAGAACCCGGUCAGUUGAAACCCAUCGAAUCCCAAAGUCUGGGUCAACCCCGAGGGGCGGCCGUAGCCCAAUAUCUGUUGGAAUUGAAUAAUGAGGUGCGCGGAGAUUCGGUGGACGAGACGCCUGAACAUAUCUUGGCCCAUCGGCCCGACUUCUUCAAAUCCUUCACUCUGGUGGUGGCUACGGACAUGUCGGAAAAAUCGCUAAAGCAGCUCUCCAGCCUAUUAUGGCAAGCCAACAUUCCUCUCAUGGUGGUCCGAGCCUAUGGUUUUAUCAGCUACAUUCGCUUACAAGUGAAAGAGCACACGAUUGUGGAAUCGCAUCCGGACAACGAGUUUCCUGAUCUGCGGCUAGACCAGCCGUUUCCGGCCUUAAUUCAGUUCAUGGAGUCUCAAGAUAUGAAGGCUAUGGACAAACACGAACACAUGCACACGCCAUACGUGGUCAUUCUCUAUAAAUAUCUCCAGAAGUGGAAAGCCGAGCAUGGCAAUCAAAUGCCCAUCAACUACAAGGAGAAGAAACAGUUCAAGGAGACGAUUCUCGAAGGUGUGCUUAAAAGCCCCGACGGUUUACCCGAGGACGAGGAAAACUUUACCGAAGCUGUGAAUGCCGUCAACACCACCUUGAUCCCCUCCAAAGUCCCCGACGAGGUCCAAGCCAUCUUGGACGACGACCAAUGUAUGAACCUGAAUCUGAAAUCCUCCGACUUCUGGUUCAUUGUCCGAGGCAUUCGCGAUUUCCUGGAAUCCACCGGACACUUGCCUUUAAAAGGCACCAUCCCAGAUAUGUUCUCUGAUUCUCAGCGAUACAUUCAAUUGCAACUAGUGUACCGCAAGAAAGCCGAUGAAGAUGCCGAAGAGGUUCUCAAAUAUGUCCAGAUCCAUUUGGAAACCGCCGGACGACCCGCGGAAUCCAUUUCCGAAGCCAAAGUCAAAAGUUUCUGUCGGAAUGCAUUCAAUCUGAGACUCAUACGUUGUGGAGCCUCCAUCGCGGAGGAAUUUGAUGGCCACUCACCUAAUAAUCAAGAACUGGGGCAAAUCUUGGAGCAAGACCCGGAUUCACCCGCCAUCUACUAUGUCAUCUUCCGCGGGGUCGAUCGGUUUUACUCUGAACAUAAUGUCCUCCCGGGGGUGCUGGAUGAUCAAGUCGAGCCUGAUAUUGGCAAAUUGAAAAAUUGCGUGGCCAAAGUUCUCGCGGAUUGUCAUUUAGCCUCGGUGAACAUCUCCGACGAUAACAUUCAUGAGGUGUGUCGCUAUGGAGGCUCGGAAUUACACGCCAUGGCCAGCAUCAUCGGUGGCUGUGCGGCGCAAGAAGUGAUCAAACUCAUAACCAGACAAUAUGUGCCUAUCAGUAAUUUAUUCCUCUACAAUUGCAUGACCUCGCAGACGAUCACGCUCAAGGUUUAAGUCCAAAUAUACGAAAGAUGUCA